CUCCUUCAGGGCCCAUCUCGGGGCUCGGCUGACCCUGGGUCGGGUGCUAGCUCCAGGUGCGCUGCGGCUGAACCAGGCGGCCCUGGCCCGUGCCUCUGGCCGCCACCUGAGGCUGCUGCCCCGGCAGAGGUACCUGCGGGCAGAGAGGGCUGACGUCAGCGCCCUGGAAAGGAAGAGGAACGUCCUCUGCUGCCUCAUCACCCGCAUCCUCAAACUGGAGAAGCAGCUCCACAUUGACAACCUGGUGUUUAGGGUGAUUGAUGCCUGCCAGAAGGGUGAGCUGGGGCCAGGGCUGCGAUUCCUGAGCUUCUGCUGCCACAGCGUGGAUGUGCUGUCCUGUGUCCUGCACCUGCUGAACCAGGGCUAUCUCCGGCGCCAGGAGGAGAGGCCUCAUGUCUUGGAAUACAUCUCUGCUGAACCCACAACACCUCUUGGGGGCCAGGCACAGAUGGUUUUCCAGAGCAGGCCACCAGAGGCAUCUCCGGAUGAGGACAGCAUAGACUGCCUGUAUGGGUUGAAUCCCGGCAUAGGCAGGUCGGAGGAUUUUCUCAUGGUAAUGCUGCAGGUGCCAAUGGGGCACACGCUUAGUCCAGAGGAGGCAAAGCUGCUCAUGAACCAGACAGUACAGCAGGUCCAGGAUACUCUGAGCAUCCCGGAUGAUGUUGCUCGGCACCUCCUCAUGCACUGCAGGUGGAAUGUGGAUUUCCUGAUCCAGUGCUACGUGGAGAACCGUGAGACCUUGCUCAUCUCCUCUGGGCUGCAAGUGCAGGAUGCCCAGCCUCCCCCAAGCCCAGGAACCCACUGCCCAGUCUGUAUGAACCAGCUGUGUCCCACUGAGAAGCCACCAACCCUCUGUUGCCUGCACUACUGCUGCAAGCCCUGUUGGAGUGAGUAUCUCACGACUCGCAUUGAACAGAACAUGGUUGUCAACUGCACCUGUCCCAUAUCUGAGUGCCGUGCACAGCCAACUACAGCCUUCAUUUGUUCCAUCGUUUCCUCCGAGGAGAUUAUAGCCAAGUAUGAAAAAGCCCUCCUCAGAGGCUAUGUUGAGUGUUGCUCCAACCUGACGUGGUGCACCAACCCUCAGGGCUGUGAUCAGAUCCUCCUUAAGGAUGGACUUGGCUACGGGGCAGCCUGUUCCAAGUGCUCCUGGAUAUCCUGCUUCAACUGCAACUUCCCAGAGGCCCAUUAUCCUGCCAGCUGCAGCCACAUGUCUCAGUGGGUGGAUGAUGAUGGGUACUAUGAGGGAAUGACAAGUGAAGCCCAAAGCAAACAUCUGGCUAAGCUCAUUUCGAAGCAUUGCCCAAGCUGCCGGGCUCAGAUAGAGAAAAAUGAGGGGUGCCUGCAUAUGACGUGUGCAAAGUGUAAUCAUGGCUUCUGUUGGCGUUGCCUCAAGCCCUGGAGGCCGACUCAUAAGGAUUAUUACAACUGCUCUGCUAUGGUGAGUAAAGCAGCUUGGCAGGAGAAGCGUUUUCAGGAUUACAAUGAGAGAUGCACCUUUCAUCAUCAUGCAAGGGAAUUUGCCAUGAGUCUGAGGAACAGGGUUUCUUCCAUCAGUGAGAUGCCAAAAAUUAGGACCUUGACCUUUGUUCUUGAUGCCUGCAAAGUGCUAGAACAGGCACGGAAGGUGCUGGCCUACUCCUGUGUGUACAGCUACUAUAACCAGGACACUGAGAGCAUGGAUGUUGUGGAACAGCAGACUGAGAGCCUAGAGCUGCACACUAAUGCUCUGCAGAUCCUUCUGGAGGAAACCCUGCUGCAGUACCAGGACCUGGCCUCUUCUCUUCAGCUCCUGAAAGCAGAGCAUUUCAGUACUGGUUUGGAGUUGGUACACCAGAUCAAGGAGCGUCUCUUUGCAAUUCUCUGGCACUCCACACAGCAGGAUUUCCAUGUUGGGCUCCAGACUUUGGCAGAUCCUGGUCAGAGAAAGGUGAAAGUCUCAAAUGUGCCUACUUCAGCCCCUGCCUGUAUAGGGCCAAAACGUACCAUCUUGUGCGACUCCCCCAACACAGAUGAAGGUGGCAAAGAGGUUGAAGAUGAGGAGUACGAACCGCAGUGGCAGGAAGACUAUGAUGACGAUGAUGACCUUGAUGAAGACAACUUUCUGUUUGAUGAUGAGUCAGAUAACCUUGAUUGUGACUCCUACUUUGACGAUGAUGAUGCCUAUGACUAGAAGUGGGCUGUCACCCAGCCUGCCAGCCUGGACCUCUGCCUCUACUCUGUCUCGACCAGUUUGUAUUAGUGUCUUUCCGCAAAAGGACAUUUCCUCUGGGGGCUACUUGCUCAGUGACUCCCCUUUAAUAUGCAGGACAUUGCUCUGGACAGAUGGGCUGUGUUACUGUGGCCACCUCUCUCAGAAAGACAUCUGCUCACCUUUCUCCCUUGUCUCCAUUUCUGCCUAUAGGUAUCUAAUUGAGUUAGAAAGUCACAGUCCAGCUGCAAAGUGCGGACUGCUUGCCACCUGUUAAAAGGCUGUUCAGUGUCCUUGGGCAUGCUUUUUUCCAGGAUUGGGCACAGGUGAGUGUGGCAUGUGUCCUAGCAUGGCACUGUCUAAUACAGCCAGUGUCUAGAAAUACCGUAAAGCGAUGCGUUUACACUCAAGUCAAAGCCUCCCAUCUGGAGCUGGUGGGAUUCCCUCCAGAGCCACAGAUGGAUGUGGUUCAGUGCAUUCCUCUAGUUGAGGGGGACAGCUUUUUCUGCUGCUUGAUGGAGUUGUCUUCUCUGCUAUGAAGCAGGAUGGGCUGCUAUGAGUGGCACAAGUCUGUGGGACUGUUUUUAAGUGUAUAAAUGUAUGCACGCACACACAUAUAUGAUAUAUAUAUAUGCACAGAGGUUCUUCAGAUAAUACUUUAUCUUUUCAAAAAAGAAAACCCUGAGGAACAAGGGUUGAAAA